AUGGCUGCUAAACGGGUCGUUGUCGCGGGUGGUAGUGGUUUCCUGGGUUCAAGGAUCUGCAAGUCUGCCGUCGCUAGGGGCUGGUCGGUCACUUCACUCAGUCGUUCGGGCGAACCGCGGUGGGAGACCGUUACAGACUCGGUCAGUCGCCCGAGCUGGGCGAGCUCCGUCGAAUGGGCCAAAGCCGACAUCCUCAAACCCGAGACAUACAAGGCUUUCCUGAAUGGAGCCACGGCCGUGGUCCACAGCAUGGGCAUCCUACUCGAGGCGGAUUACAAAGAUGUGGUGCAGGGAAGGGAGCCGAUUCUUAGUGGCUUACAAAGAGCCUUCAGCGCCUCGAGGCCUGGCAGUCAGGAUCUUCGGGAGAGAAGAGAGGGCGAGCCACUUGAGGUCCGGGACCGCAGCGGGCAGUUUACAUACGAGCUGAUGAACAGGGAUUCCGCUAUCGCCCUCGCCCAAGCGACACACCACGAGCGGGUUCCUACCUUUGUCUACAUUUCUGCUGCGUCAGGAGCACCGGUCCUUCCCAGUCGGUACAUCACAACUAAGAGAGAGGCGGAAGCAAUCAUAGCGGCGCAGCUACCGGAACUUCGAAAUGUGUUCGUGCAGGCACCCUUUAUGUACGAUGAGAGUAGAAAGUUCACCCUGCCGAUUGCACUCGGUGGCUUUGUCGGAUCUCAAGUCAAUGCUCUGCUGGGAAAUAAGCUUGAUUUCCUCGGCUCUAUGGUAACUAAGCCACUCAAGGUGGACGACGUAGGCGAGGCCGUGGCAGAGGCCCUCGAAGAUGAGUCUGUUCGCGGAGCAUUGGGGGUACAAAAAAUUGAAGCCCUAGCCACGAAGGCUUGGAGAAAAAGCAUGCUUUGA